CAAGCGUGAACAGUUGAUGGGAUAUAGGCUUUUAAUGCACAUGUACGCACAGAGAGCGAGUGAUCUAGGAUUGUGAACAACUUUGGAAAAUAAAAAUCAUCAAUGAAAGACAGAGGAAAGAAAGAGAAAGCUGCUGUUUAGGUUACAUCUAGAUGGAUGUAAAAAAGGAGACGUGUGAGGCUGCCAUAAAUACCAGAGAAACAAUGACUGUAAGUAUUAAGAAGGAGGAGUGGGAGUGGGAGUCCAUCCACCCUCAAGAGGAGAGUCUCCACAUUAAGGAAGAGGAGGAGGAGGACUGUGAGACAGGGUUAGUAAACAUUAAAGGAGAGUCUGAAGAGACGUCUGUCAGCAUUGAGACAAACAUUUGUAAAAGUGUGCAGAAUGUCAAGGAAGAGGACCAUCAGUGUGGGGGUGAAGAUGGAGCAGCGACCGGGUUAGUCUCACCUCACAGCAGACCCUGUGCAUCAUCAGAACCUUCGAUCCUGGUGAAGUCUGAAUCAUCACAGCUUGACACACAGAUGACUGAAGACCCUUCAUCCGUUAGAAUUCAGGAAGAUCAGCCACCACCUACAGAUCAGGCUAAUAAAAGAAACAAACCUCACUGUUGUUCUGAAUAUGGUAUUCGGUUCUAUCAGAGAAGUACUCUUCAGCGCUACAAAAGAAUUCACACUAGAGAGAAGCCAUAUUGCUGUACAGAGUGUGGCAAACAAUUCCGUCUCACUAGUCACCUUAUGAUCCACAAAAGAAUUCACACAGGAGAGAAGCCUUAUUGCUGUACAGAGUGUGGCAAACAAUUCCGUGUCAGUAGUCAUCUUCUGACCCACAAAAGAAUUCACACAGAAGAGAAGUCUUAUUGCUGUACAGAGUGUGGCAAACAAUUCCAUUGUAGGAGUCUUCUUCGGAGCCACAAAAGAAUUCACACAGGAGAGAAGCCAUAUUGCUGUUUGGAAUGUGGGAAAAAGUUUUCAUCAAGAAGCCUUUUUCAAACCCACAAAAGAAUUCACACAGGAGAGAAGCCAUUUUCCUGUACAGAGUGUGGCAAACAAUUCCAUGGAAAUGAUCAUCUUCUGGGCCACAAAAGAAUUCACACAGGAGACAAGCCACAUUGCUGCACAGAGUGUAGCAAAGAAUUUCGUAACAGGAGUCAGCUUCUGAGCCACAAAAGAAUUCACACAGGAGAGAAGCCAUAUUGCUGUUUGGAAUGUGGCAAACAAUUAGGUUCCAGGAUAUCUCUUCAGAGCCACCAAAGAAUUCACACAGGAGAGAAGCCGUAUUCCUGUACAGAGUGUGGCAAAGAAUUCCGUCACAAGAGUGGUCUUCGGAGCCACCAAAGAAUUCACACAGGAGAGAAGCCUUUUUCCUGUUUGGAAUGUGGCAAACAAUUAGGUUCCAGGAGAUCUCUUCAGAGCCACGAAAGAAUUCACACAGGAGAGAAGCCAUAUUGCUGUACAGAGUGUGGCAAGCAAUUCCGUCAGAAGAGUGGUCUUUGGAGCCACCAAAGAAUUCACACUGGAGAGAAGCCUUUUUCCUGUUUGGAAUGUGGCAAACAAUUAGGUUCCAGGAGAUCUCUUCAGAGCCACAAAAGAAUUCACACGGGAGAGAAGCCAUAUUAUUGCACAGAGUGUGGCAAACACUUCCGUGACAGGGGUAGUUUUCAGAUCCACAGUAGAAUCCACACUGGAGAAAAGCUGUCCUGCUGAUUGGAAUGUGGCAAACAUCUCUGUCACAAGAGGAGUCUUUAAUGCCACACUAGACUCCACACAGGAUAGAAGCCAUAUUGUUGUUCUGAUCAUGUGAAAUAAUUCAAUGACAAGAGUUUUUACAAGGCUCAGACAAAUUCACACUGAAUGUGGCAAACAAUUUCAUGAAAGGAGUACUCUUCACAGCCACGCAAGAAUUCACAGUGGAGAGAUGCUGUAUUGUUGUUCAGAAUGUGACACAUAAUUUUUUCACUGCUGUAAUCUUCAAAGCCUCCAAAAUAAUUUCCAGUGGUGAGACCUAAAAAACACAAAAGGAAGUGGAACUGCCUGAGAAACCACUCUUAGAUCAGCUCCUAACUGAAAGACCACAGGUGCAGACACCACACCAAACUUUCGUCUUAAACAAAGUACAAUACUGCACCGGGAUAUGGCUGACUGUAGACAUGAGUUACAAUCAAUGCGGAACCCACAGUUGACACCAAAGCGGCUCAUUACAGGAACAACUCUCUGACUUUAAAAAUCAGAUCUAUGCAAAGAAUCCAAAACACAUCACCUCAUAAGCUGCCUCUCUGCCAUGUUUAAACUCUUUGCAGCAGUGUUUCUUAAAACCGUGGGUCACAAUUGAAAUUGUUUUGAGGACAUAUUUGUGGUGGGUUGUCACAUGGAUAUAGUAAAGUUAACGACAAAUGAUAUACAACCCUCUGUUUAGUGUGCAAAACAUGUUUUUAAAUCGACACAGAGAUUUAAUUUCUUUGGCACAUUAUACAACAGAAAAAAUAAAAUUAUCAAGACAAGGUGGGGACAUUCAGCACGAUGUCAGUGUGCAACAUUAAACAUUUUUUAAAAAGGGUACCGUUCACCGAAUUGUUCAUCAAGAUUUCUCCCAUUUCCCAAUAAAAUCCAGAAGGUGUGUACAUUUUUUUAGAAAUAGUCCAACUACUUUUUUACUGAAUUGUAAAUGAAAACUGGGAUAUCCUGAACAAUUUGCAAACUCUUUUAGAAAUACUGCAGGUACUUGUUAAUGGUAUCUCUCUUUUGAAAAAUAGAAUGCUAUUUAGGACAAAGUAAAUAAACUGCAUUAAUUGUG